AACAAUCCACAAUCUUUUGGUCGUUCUUUUGCAUCUGAUGCCAGGCAAAUGGACCCAUCGCCUGGACUCAUGUUGGAGCCUAGCUAGACGCUCUUCCCAGGUUCUCUACCGCCGAUCCUCUACGCAUGUCCCCGGCCGCAUCUUGCGAGGUGACAGCCUUGGUCCCGUACGUGAUGAUGCGCACCAGACGUUCCGUGUGCGCAAAGAUGGGACGGCGAAGGAGCUUCCGCUACCUCCUUCACUCGACCCGAUAGUGCUAGAGAAGAGGUCGUCAUGGGAACAGGCCAAAAGACAGCCAAAGUUUGCGGACUUUACCCCAUUUCAGAAGAAGCUAUGGGAGAAUCCAUUCGCACAUUCCCUAGCAUCGCCGCUUCGCCAAUGCCGCGCAACUCUCAUCUCUCUUCCGGUCGCAUUUCUCACGUCCUUACACGCCCGCCCACAUCCCACUACGAGCGACCCAUGGCUCCUCCCCGUAUCGCUGACUACGGACAAGAAACAUCUUGGGCCACCACACCGCUUUUUAGGCCGCCAGCUCGUCGCUGCACAACAGGGUAAAAAGAAGGCGUGGGAAAAGAGCCUCCACAUUCGCUUGAUUGAGAAGCUGGGCAGCAACAGUACGAGGAGGAUGGUCUGGAGGGAAGACAUGGCAGAAUUUGUCUUGGACAUGAUGCGCAAGAGGCUAGUUACGAAGCUCAGCUGGAAUUUUGGGUUCAGAGGACGCUUGACCCCGGUUUCGAGCCCAAGGACUGAGGAUAUUGAGAACAUCGAGGACGUUUCCUGCGUGUUGUUGUUCGGAUCGCUUCGUACGCGUGCAGAUGGCUUGCAAGAUCGCGCUGACCAGAUCAAAGUCGAGCUUGAAAAAUGGUCAAACUACUUCAGCAAAAGCUUGACUACGAAACUGGACCCACAUGCCUCUUCUGAAGUCACUCAUACCUCUCCGGUAUGGUACACGGAGCCGCUCGUUCCUCGCUUACAGCCUCGACUCCAGUACCCAGAGCUGGAGUUCAAGAGCACGAUAUGGUGCGGGAGGAAAGUAGCUGUGUACAGCUUGACGGACUUACUGGGCGAAGAGAAGGCGAAGGCGUUGAUCAAGGGAAGCAAAUACGACGGAGAAAAGUGCGUUGUGUUGAAGAGAGCAAGACAUAAUCGCAUGCUCGCCACAUUGCCACCAAAAACGCCGCCGCACAGCUUCCUCAGUCGCUGGCCAUCUUUCUCCCACUUGUCGAAGCUCCACUUGGUGAAACCCUCGAGGACUUCAGUGAACCCUACUUCUGCAGUGUGCGAGUUCACAUUUGUGCCAGGCAUGAGGCCAAUACCACCGAUCACAGCUUCUGGGCAUGAGCGCUCGCAGAUUCCGAAGUGGACCUAUUCGCGACAGGCCAAACGCGCCCUAUACGAUGAGGAACCGCCCACGAAACGAAGACGCGUUGAGACUGCGUACGAGAGCUCUGCAAUCCAUGCAACGACGAUAGCCACAUGUCCUUCGCCGAUGGAGAGUUCUUCACCAACACGCGAUGGCUCGGUGCCUCCCACCUCGAGUCCUAAAGAUUUGGCCGCCAUCUUCUCGGAUGAACUGCUCCAGUCAAGUCCUCGCUCCUCAUCAGCACCGCGCAGCUCUCCCCCAGCCCUGCAGAAACGACGACCAUUCUUCUCAUUUCUCAAGAAGCAAUCCGUGCCCAAGACACCAACGAAGCACCCCCUCGUAGAACGCAGCCACAAUGCCCACAGCCCGCCAAAGCAACCACCGAAGAAGAAGCGCAUGGUGCAAAUGCAGCUAGACCUAGCCACAGCGCAUCGGAAAACAUGCAAAGCUUGCGGCAUGGAGUACAUACCAUCGAAUGCUGAAGAUGCGGCCAUGCAUCGGAAGUUUCACGCCAUGAACCUAGGAGGUGUAGACUUCACGAGGCCAGUCAUUGAGCGUUUCAGAAAGAACCAAGUCUGGAGUGGAGGAGACGGAAGCUUCAUUACAGUCGUUGGGCGCAAAGAUGCGCUAGUGCUGCGCAACAGGGCAAGCGACGUUCUGAAAGUCGUCAACACAGAGCUCGCAGCUGUUCCCAUAUCAGACGAAGAGAUGUGGAGCCAGACAGGUAGUACAAGCUUCGCAAACGCGCCGAAGGAGACAACGGCUUCAAAUGCGGAUGCCUCUGCGACUGACGAAUCUGGCUCGCCGCUUGUCGAUCGCUUCAAGAUGUAUUUGUACAUCCGGGGCAACAAGUGCGUGGGAGCCUGCCUGGUGGAGAGGAUUUGGGAGGCUUACACUGUACUGGACCAGAAAGUUGCGUCUAAGCAGGCAUGCCAGCUUCCUGCUGCACAUCAAAGCUCUUCCAUCUCUAUCAGCACAGAGUCGGAUUCGGCCAUCCUGGGCAUCUCGCGAAUAUGGACAUCUAGUCAACAUCGGAAGCAAGGCAUCGCAACCAGGCUGCUGGAGUCGGCUCGAUGUGGGUUUCUGUAUGGAUUCAAGAUUGAGAAGGAACGGGUUGCUUUUAGCCAACCUACCGAGAGUGGAGGGAAUCUGGCGCGGAGAUGGUUCGGAAGCACAGCUGGAUGGCAUGUCUACAUGGACUAA